GUAAUCCUUUGCAGCAGCCGACAUUAGAAGCGAUAUUUUCAGACAAUACGAAUCGCUCGGCGUAGAAAAACGUACGUAACCCUAAGCCUUCCUUUCUUCCUCGUUAAUUCUGCUCUCAUUAAGUUUGAGUUAGAGAGAAUGACCGCCACGCCUGAAGUCCUAUGCAAAUUUUCAGGUUGAACGCUUUGGUGCCAUAGUAUAGAAGAAAAAAACAGGUCUUUGAAGAAUUAUUAAUCAUUCAUGGGUAAAGUCUUACUCUUCCUUCAAAAGGAUACCUUUCUUGACGGAGCAAUGGUUAGAGAUUUGUUUGUCUUAUUGUGUUUGUUGUUGGUAGCUCAUAUAGUUAAAUCUUCGCCUGAUCCUUCAACAACAGGAAAAUCGCAUAAAGGAAGAGAAGUGAAACAUGAUUCAAGGCGCGAUGAACGAGUUAACUUGCGCGGUCACAAAAAGCAAACACGGAUCAAGGUCGGUCACGAGAGACCUUUACAUGUAUCAAAAGGACAAUCCAAGGAAAAUGACAACUUUGUGAACCUUGAACAUGUUUUAUUCGAUCGCGCACAGCUCAAGAAGUACGUCCUUGAUUAUCUACGAAAACAUCACGGUUACGAUCAAGCUGGAAAAACAAUAACAAACGACGAUGAGGAAUCGAUCAGUCGAAAAACUGAGAAACUAUCUGAGAGGUAUCACCAUGACAGGUUAGAAUCGCAGAUAUCUAGCAGCAAUGGAAAACACAAGCACUUUCAUGAUCGUGUGAACAAGAAUCACAGAAAGGAUGAGACAUUGAGUUCAGAUCAUUCUACGCACAAGCGGCGAAAGCUCACUUCAAAACAAAAGAGCCACCAUCAAACACCUAGUCGAAAUCACCUUGAUAAACAUCAGCGAUCCAAAAAACUUGCGUUGCCAAUUUAUUACAAUGUGAAAGAAGAGGGUUCAAGGCGGACUUACAUUUGGUCUCAACCAUUGUCUUCUGAUCAUAGAGCAAAGAAAAGAAAAUUCAAAAAAGGGGAAAAGCAUUCAGGUCGAAAAAAGAAAAUUAACACUAAACGAGAUGCAGGAAUAAAAAGUAAUGUCAAGACACAUCAAAAGGCAAGGAAGUACGGAAAUCAGGAUGCAAACAAAUUGUCGUCUAUGCGUGAAUUUUCUUACUCCCGUCAGCAUGGAGAAUCAAAAUACAAGAAAGACACAGGCCAUAAGAAACACACAGCAAAGUAUACUGAUAAGGCAAAGCACAAAGAUAAUGGAGCCGAUCACAAGGCUAAUGGUAGAACUCAUAGAAAAUCUAACAAGCGAGAUUUCAUAGCUGUAGUCCCACCAAAGGCUUUGAGGAUCGAAGGUUUUGAUGUGGAGCCAGUUCGUCCUCAUUCAUCUCAGUAUAACAAAAGGAAAAAGGCUAUAAAACACACGCAUGUUCAUGCAAAAAAGAACGAAUUGCACAAAAAUUCCGAGGACCGGAGAGUCGGAAGUCACAAUAAGGCAUCGAAAUCACACAGACACGAACACGAUGGAGCGCGAAAAACAUCGCAGCCAAAGAAAACUGAAAGAAAAAGUAAGGUCCUGCCAAGAACAUCCAGAAAUAACAGAAAAAAGGUUUCAGCGCAUAAGAGCUCCAGGGAACAGAAAGCUGCAAGAAAGAGUUCUGUUAGGUCAGCACAUUAUAAGAGUCAUCCUCACAAACAUAAACACCACGAUCGUGGGUAUAAAAAGUCGACCGUGGAUAAAAAGGAAAAGUCAACAGCUCACAGAAGAAAGAAAAAGUUAAGGUUUAAGGACUCGCAGAAGUUUUCUCCUUCUUGGAAAUCGCUGGACAAAAGAGCGAUUCCUUCUUGGUACGACGAUGCCAAGUUUGGAAUAUUUGUUCACUGGGGAGUCUAUUCUGUGCCCAGUUUUGACAGUGAAUGGUUUUGGUACAAAUGGAAGGGAAGACAACUGCAGCAAUACUUAAACUACACCGGAAAGAACUUUCCUCCGGGAUUCAGCUAUAACGAGUUUGCUCCAAUGUUCAAAGCAGAGUUCUUUGAUGCUAAACAGUGGGCAAAACUUGUGGCUAGAUCUGGGGCAAGGUACUUUGUAUUCACAAGCAAACACCACGAGGGAUUUACAAACUGGAAUUCAAGUGUGGCUUGGAAUUGGAAUUCAGUUGACAUCGGGCCUCACAGAAACAUUGUUGAUGAACUUGCAAGAGCGUUUCGCAGUCUCAGUGAUCCAGAAGUGAGAUUCGGUUUGUACUACUCUUUGUUUGAGUGGUUUAACCCUCAUUACUUAAAAGACAAAGCCAAUGGAUUUAAAACCGAUGAAUAUAUUCAGGCUGUAGUGAAGCCACAGCUAUAUGACCUUGUUAAUACGUACAAACCUGAUUACCUGUGGACAGAUGGAGACUGGGAAGCCGAAGCGUCGUACUGGAAGAGUGAAGAAUUUCUAACGUGGCUAUUUAAUAAAAGCCCUGUGAAGGACAACGUGGUAAUUAAUGACAGAUGGGGGCGGGGCUGUCGAUGUCAUCAUGGCGGUGUCUAUACUGGACAGGAUAGGUACAACCCAGGUAAACUUCAGAAGAUGAAGUGGGAGAACGCCAUGACCAUAGAUCGACAUUCCUGGGGAUUUCGUCGAGAAGCAAAUCUUAAAGACUACCUUAAAAUUGAAGAACUGAUUAAACAACUGGCCAGUACUGUGAGCUGUGGUGGUAACUUGCUGAUGAAUAUUGGCCCAGCCUCAGACGGUACAAUUGCACCGAUAUUCCAAGAACGUCUCACUCAGAUGGGAGAUUGGCUGAAAGUGAACGGUGACGCUAUUUAUGGAACCAGGCCGUGGAGAGCUCAGAACGAUUCAAUCAGUGGAAAAGUGUGGUACACAUCUAAGGACAACCAUGUGUUCGCCAUCGCCCUCAAGUGGCCACGAUCAGGAAGACUGGUGCUCGGUGAUCCUACUCCCACGAGCAAAACACUUGUUAGGAUGUUGGGCGCGAAAAAGGAUCUCAAAUGGAGUCAUGGAUCACAACAUAAAGGCGCAAAGCAGCGUGGGAUAGUAAUUCAUGUUCCAGCUAUUCCUGUUUCGGAACUUCCUUGUCUGUGGGCGUGGGUGUUUAAGUUGUCACACCUAAAGUGAUUUCUCGUCGUCAAAAGCCGUCACCGACCAGGUCUGCUUAAUUUGCAUGUGAGGUUGCCGGAAUAUGUAACGUUUGCAUGCGGCUGAUAAUGAUAAAAUGAUCGGGACAUUUAGUGGAGGUUGGAGCAGAGAAAGUUGGCCUAUCUGUACUGUACUAAGCACGACAGAGACUUGGACUCAUCCCCCCGUCCCCCCAAAAGUUGUCUGUUGCGGGCUUCUUUCCGACCGGAUUUAGUCGCCUCGUUAUAAAAGAAUUGUCUGGCUCAAGCUUUCGGUUGUGGGUCUGUAGUCCUACUUUUCAAAAUGUAAUUUUUCGUUCAUGUCUUACUUUGUAAGUCUUGAGAUAGUAAACUGUAAAAUCCUACUUUAAAGGCCCUCUGUUAUAAGCCCCCCCCGGAAAUAAGCCCAUCUAUUUGCUAACAAAGGUAUUAUUCCGGAUAGAAGCCCCCCCCGGAUAUAACCCCUCCAGAUAUAAGCCCAUCUAAUGUAUCAGUGCGUUCCUUUAGCGUGUCUUUACAAACAUCAAAAUUUUUAUUCGAAAGUUGUAGGCAUAAACAAAUGGCUGUGGAGUGUAGAACAAUAAUUAUAACUAUACCAAAGAAAGAAUUCAAAACAAAUAUUCAUGCAUAUAUGACACCGCUAUGAGUUUUGCUCCUCUGUUCAUUUACAACACAAAUGUUCAACGACAAUGUUUUGGAGUACGAUGACAAAGCAAACAGCCAGCUACAAUCCGGCAGUCUUCCAUGCACGCAGAUUUUUUGUAGCCUCCCGACAAUAAACUCUGAGCCUUCCGUAUUCUUUUCCUCACUUGCGCUUUGUGUUCAUUGCUCCCGUAAAUGUAAUACUCGCAUGGUAAUUCAAUUCCACCUCUAAUAACCAAGUGACCUCCGCUGCCUUCCUUGGUUCACGCUAAUUUCACGUCGUUCCGAGACAUUUUUUUUACUCCGCUUAUAAACCCCCCCCCCCCUGAUAUAAUCCUCCCCCGUUUAUAAGCUCACCCAAAACCCCUUAUGAAGUUAUACAAGCCCAGAGCUUUAAAGUAGGAUUUUAAGGUAGUUUAAGUCUAUGCAUGCAUAUACAGAGCAUUUUCGACUGCAUUACGAAGGAUCUGUUUCUCAUAUCAUAUUAAUUUACCAAGUGUCAUAUCCCAAGCCAAGUCUCUCAGAAUCCCUAGCCGGCUCAGUGCUUAUAGGCUUU